UUUACCUCACUGACACGCGCCCAACAUUCUUUCAUUGAUAAUCCGUCGAGUGCACUAACUAGUGCACGAGCAGCGCGUCAAUUGCGCACUAAUCAAACGGAAAAUGAUGUGAUACAAACGCAGACGUACCAGGGAAGCCUUGAAGGGGACAAUAUCAGGCUUUCAAAGGGGAACCAAACUGGAAUAUUUUGACUUUUGGAUUUUCAUCACAUAAAAGGAUUUCAACAUGGAAAAUGUACCAAACCCCAAAAGGACUGUCACUGUCCAGAUGAUGCCUCAGCUCGCCAGUAUAGAUGUGCUGGGAAAUAAAGAGUUAAAUGCUAACUGGGACAUUGAGCCAAAGUUAAACUUAAAUCAGGAUCGCUCAGAUCAGGAUAAUAUGCAUCUCAAUUCCUCCAUCAAAGAUUCCCAAACCACACUGCUUGGAGGGACUGUUCUUGAAGAUAAAAACAUGCCAUCCCCUGGCAGUGAAGAUCACAGGCGACCUCAAAACAGUAACGCAAACAUAAAGACCUCGGGUCAGUGUGCCAAGAGUGCUGAAGGUAGAAAAACUGAUUGUGAUAGGAAUUCAAAUUCGGAAACUGUCCUUUCGACAUCCAGCUCAUCAUCUACAACUACAUAUAAUGUUGACAAGGAGGAAAAUGCCAAUAGCACAAUAAAGGCACUUGAGAAUGUACAACAUGAGCCCAAAGCACAGAGCAAAGCAUCAGAAACUAGUGCAAUCAAAGAGACACUGCAUAAUCAAACGCCAAGCCAGACCAGUACCAACAAUACAAUAAAGGACAUGCCACUUUUAUCUGGAUCAAAAGAUGUGAGUUGCAGCACCAGCAUAAGCAUCAGCAGUACACAGUUUGAAAUGGUAUCCUCCACCAAUGCUCCUAAAACCAAUCACUCAGCGGCCGAAACAUCUGGACCAGUACCUGGGACAAGAUCUCAGACCCCACAACCACACAAGAUCCAUCAUAUGCCUGUUAAAGAGGACAAAUGUAGCAACGACUGCAUGAAAAAGGAUGUUAAACCACCAGGGACCUCUCAGGAGACUUCGUCUGGAUGCCCAUUGGUGUCUUCAGCUAGCAGUGCAAGUCACUCGGUCCACACGGAAGUGAUUGAUGAGGAGGUCCAAACGCAGGGAGCUGCUCCUGAAGAGCAGAAGCAGGUCCACUGUAAACUCUUUCGUGAGGCAUCUACUAUGACUUCAGCAGUAGAGUUUGGCGACCAACCCGGGACGCAACGGCAUGAUGUGGAGGUGCAGGCGGUCGCUACGGUCUGCAGUCAAUCUACAGCCACUAGCCCUAGUCUUCUGUCUCUACAACCCCAUCGGAGGUCAGUUGGCCUACUACCUGAGGAGACUGAGAGUAUAGCAGUGGUUGUUGGGGUAAAGACCCCCUCAGAGGUCACAUCUGUCUUUGUAUCCAGUACGAUCCUCCCUGGGAAGCCUACACAGUCAGACACAGUGAUGGUCCAUGUAGAUGCUGACCUUCAGGAAGAGUCCAAGCUUGGGGCCAAGCCUAAAGAGCCUCAACACAACAGCCAAAAAGGGAUUUCGCCCCUUCAACCCGUUUAUCAGAUCAAUAUUGAGACCUGCAGUCAAAGCAAACAGUCAAACAACACUACCUGUCAACUCCAGAGCCAAGGUUCACCUGCGGUUUCAGCAUCUGGUCCACAUAAUGUGGCAUUAUGUGUGCAGGAGCCCAAGACAACAUCUGCUCAGGUCUGCCAGGAUUUGCCGGUAAAACCGGCCAAUGCUCCUGCAUCGAAAUCCAAGGAGGCAAGUUCUGCAAAACCUCCAAAGGACAUGGCAAUGGCCACUCCUCCAACAUCAAGCUCCACACCACAAAGUAAAAAGGUAGAGAAGAAACAGAAGGGAGCUUCCAAGCUGGAGUGUAAGAAAGAUGACCAAGCGGAAGAGAAGGCCAAGCAAUCCAAGAGUGUAAAUGACGUCGUGUGGGACGAGCAAGGCAUGACAUGGGAGGUAUACGGAGCGUCAGUGGAUCCAGAGUCGCUGGGAUUUGCCAUUCAAAGUCACCUGCAGUGCAAAAUCAAGGAGCAUGAGAAGAUCAUCACCCAGGCGGUUAUCAGAAAAUCCUUGUCUUCGCCUCCUGGCAAGAAGAACAAGAGGAGGCAGGUUAACAUCAACUUGAGGUCCAUGUUCCAAAAUGUCCGCCGACCCAACUGUUGCGCACGGCCGGCAGUUCUAGAAUGAAAGAUUGAUUGUCAUUAGCCACUUUUCCACUGUCGGCCAGUGCGAGCCAGGGCUAACAACGUGCUGGGUGGGGCCAAUAGCACCAGUAGCCCCUCAGCACUACCCUAAAACCAGCCCUUAACACACCUCCAGUUAUGCGAGUUAACCGGAGUACGUACUGUAUAUGCUGCCUUCACUAUCGGAAAUUUCCAACUUUUUCACUCCUAAAGUUGUGAUUACGAGCUCAUUGCAUUAAAAUUUUGACUUGAGAGGGUUUUCAUGACCAAUUUUAUUUUUUUAAAUAGGAAACUAUGAAAAUUCCAAUAGCAUGUGAAGGCAGCAUUAGUCCGGUAUCAACAAAGGCACAGGGAAGAGACAGAUAAAACAUUAAACCGAAUAAACACACAAUUAUAAUCAUAUAUGAUUUGUAGGGGUGUAACACAAAAUAUAUCACAUUACUAAAAUGCAACAAUAUGUUUCGUGGAUAGUUCCCCCAAAAUAAAAAUUACUCUGAGAAUAUUAAAGUUUUCAGCGUUUUAGUGCAAUUACUACACGGAACUACUAAUGUUGAUUAUAAUGUAUAAUAAUGCAUAUUUAUGGGUCCUGAUAACGCCAAAUGCCUGAUGUUACCAGUAAAAAGUGUCCGAUAUUAUUUUAAAUUUAUCUAGUCGGUGAAAGCGUGCAAGCAUAUUCAUCUACAAUAACUCUGGUGUCACCAUUGGGUUACAAGCACCAAGUCAAGUCUAUUCAUUUAAACCCACAAUGUAAUAUCAAAUUUAGCAUUUCAAUCAACAGUUCAUUUUUUGUUAACCUUUUACCAUAUGUCUUGGAGUAUCGCAAUAAUAUCGUAUCGUGAUACUGUAUGUAUCGAUUCGUGACAUGAGGGUAUUGUUACACCCCUAAUGAUUUUUCUACGUUCUGUAAGCAUUCUCUGGUAUUUUCCAUUAAAUGUGAAUUAAUUGUCGCAACAGUUAGCAUACGUAGCUUUUAGCAUCGCAUAUUAAUAUUUUUGCCUCAAACGGUGAUUAGAAUCCCCAUCGGAUCGUAAGGAAGUUAUUUCAAACACUCGCUGUGUCUGAAAGUGAGUUUUUUUUUUACAAGUUAAAUGUUAAAGUAGCCUGAUGUAAUAAUAUAAGAAAUGACUAGUGGUGUUGUCGCUCUCCUGACAGACUCAGAAAAGACCUCUCCUGACCUUUGUUCAUAACUCAAGCCCCAUUUGGCCCGCUUUGGAGUGGACCAAGGUAUUCGGCGGGCCGAAAACCACUGGCCGUUGACCCAGAGGAAGGCCCGGAAGUGACAGGGGAAACGCGACUGGUCCUGGCACGCAUUAGGGCUCUCGCAUUUGUCCUGACAGUGGAAACAUGACUAUUGAGAGGUCAAUGGGAUCUUCCAUGAGACAAGCAUGCUGGGACAUUUGUUUCUGAAGAGUUUGUUAAAUCUAGAAACUAAUGGUUAUUUGAAUGUUAUGUGGAGAACAGAAAAUAUUUUUAGAUAAAGAUUAUUUAUGGUGAUAGUAAAGCUGUAACGACGUAUAGAGUGCUAUGGCAAUAAUUAUAAUUAAUAUAACAGUAAUGAUAAUAUGUAGUAAUCUGCAUGUGUAUAUUAGUUCAGAUUGGCAGUCUUCUAACUACCCAAGAUUAUGCACUGGAGCAGCAGAUGUAUGCAUAUUUACAUAACAUAUUUACAUAUUGUAUGCAUAACCCUUUUUACCUACUUUAUUUAGUUGAAUAUCUUUUCAAAUUUUAGUAGCCUAGAUAUGUUUGGUAAAAACAAAUUGUGUUGCAUUAUUUUAUUUGUAACUGUUGAUUUAUUGUGAAUAUAUAUUUACUUGGUGUAAACAGAGCCUGUUUAUGAUUUUAUAUUAAAAUGAUUUGG